CGACCAUCCUCUCUCCCACGUCCUCCGUCGCCGAAUUCAGUGGUCAACAAAUAGAGCGUUGUCGUUACUCUGCUGUCCGAUUGUCCGAUUGGCCUUACAGUGCUGCCCCCUGUCCCCGUCCGGUUGUGCAUCUAAGUCUGCCCAGGUCCCGAGUGCAUCCAACGUUCGAUAACAUCGAGAAUCCAUCGCCAACCUUCGUCGCUUCGGAAUUUGGUCCCCAGAUCAGCAGGUGUCCUAUCCUGUUUAGAUAUAUCGCAAUACCAGCAAUCGCGUGAACAACAGACGACCCCCUUGCCGACAAACAUGUCUGCCCCUGAGCUCCAGACAGAAGAAGACAGCAUCAAUGCGGUGCUCGGUGCUGCGUCAUCCCCAAGCCCGAGCGAGAUGGAUGUUGAGAAUGCAGCAGCACAUGGUGUAGGAGUGCACGUGGAGGUGGAGGACGAUAUUGGCGUGGAAGGUGCUUCAGAUGCGGACGCUGAUGGAGAGCCUGACGUGGAUGCGGAUGGAGAGGCCGACUUGGACGUGCAGGCAAUCACCGUGGAACAACAAGAUCCAUCCAACGAAACUGGCCCAAAUGGCUCAACAGAAAACGGAACGAACGGUGUUUACCUCCCCUCGGCAGCGGACUACUCGCCUUCUGGGCCCUCGGCACCUGUUCCUCUCCCCGACGUCCCACCAAGCCCUGUUAAGCAAGAGUUCUCCACCCCACCCGUGCUGCGCCCUGAGAUUCCAGCCUCGAUCACCGUUGCGAUUCGUGCUGCCUCUGGUCGGCAGUCUGUUACACCUGGGGUGGAAGAUGGGCCGAUGGAUAGGAUCGAGCAGCUGAGGCAGAGGGUGAAGGAUGAUCCUUUUGAUGCUGAGGCGCAUUUGGCGCUGGUGUCUGCUGCAGAGGCAGCGGGAGACGUUGAUCAGAUCAAGCAGGCUUAUGAAGGGUUACUGGGACCGUAUGCUGGAGCAGCAACACACCAAAUUUCCUACCUCUCCCACUUCCUCAACAACGCGGCGGACUUCCCAUAUGCAGAGUCUCUGUUCGCCCGCUUCCUGCGCGCUUCGCCUUCAGUCGAGCUCUGGAAGUUCUAUCUCACGUACAUCCGCCGUGUCAACCCGGGUGAUGCAGGCAGGGAGACGGUCAAAAAGGCGUAUGAGUUUGCUUUGGGAUAUAUUGGAUUCGAUAAGGAUUCGGGAGAGAUAUGGAGAGAUUAUCUACAGUUUUUAAAGGAGCAGCCGACAUUGUCGACAUGGGAAGAGCAGCAGAAGACAGACGUACUUCGGCGUACUUACCAGCGUUGUGUAGUCAUCCCGCUGGAAAACAUCGAGGCCCUGUGGCGUGAGUUUAACUCAUUCGAGAACGCACAAAAUAAGCAGACUGCGAAACGGUUCCUGGAGCAGUAUUCCCCUGCCUACAUCACUGCCCGGUCUUCGAUGAAAACCCUUCGCCAGCUGCUAGACCCGAUUACUCGUCCCCUGGCGAAUGGCCUGCCUCUCCGUCCGACGUGGACAGAGCAGGACAAGAAGUACGCCAUGGACUGGAAAGCAUACCUCAUGUGGGAAGAGUCCAAUCCGCUAGACCUGGACGACACCGCUGCCCUCGCCACGCGCGUACAGGCCGCGUACCGAAAAGCCGUUGGAUGGGCACGAUUCUACCCUGAAGUGUGGUACAUGGCAUACAACUACCUUGUCUCGAACAGCAAGAUUGAGGAAGGUGCAGUGCUUCUUCGCUCUGGCUGCGAAGGCAAUCCGACCAGCUUCUUACUGCACUUUGCUACUGCUGAGCUGGAAGAAGGCAGAAAGAACUACCCUGCUGCGCACGCGACUUUCAACAACCUUAUUACGAACCUCACCUCGCAAGUGAAACAGCUUCAAACGAGCAUUGAGGCGGAAGCGGAACUCGCCAAGGGCGCAGAAAUUGACACUUCAACCUUGGCAAACUCGGACUCGCUGUCGGAGGAUUUUAGGAAGGCGAACGAGGAACGAGAGGAGCGGGGUCAGAGGGUGUGGGCGCGCAGGGGACGGGAAUUCGAGGACUUGAAGGCAGGAUUGCAGGUCGCGUGGAUUAUGCUCAUGCGGUUUGCACGGAGAGCGGAGGGGCUAAAAGCUGCGCGGACGGUGUUCGGACGUGCGAGGAAGAGCGAAUGGGCAGGUUGGCAGGUGUUUGAGGCUUCUGCGUUGAUGGAAUAUCACUGCACGAAAGCAUCUGACGUGGCGGGCAAGAUUUUCGAGCUCGGCCUGAAAAGCUUCGCAGAUAACGUUGAUUUUGUGUUACGUUACCUCGGAUUCCUUAUAUCCAUCAAUGACGAUGCCAAUGCUCGAGCUCUGUUUGAGAGAUUUAUACCGACCUUUCCUGCAGAUAAAGCCCGGCCACUCUGGGAACGCUGGGCACGCUACGAGUAUAACUUUGGCGACUUGGCCGCGACUCAAAAGCUGGAGAAGCGCAUAGCCGAAGCAUUCCCUAACGACCCACCAACUAAGCGCUUCGCACAGAAAUACGAGUACUUAAACAUGAACACAAUCCGAGACUUUGACAUGGGCUUCGGGUAUCGCCCGCCCGCUCCAGUACAAGUCCCUCCCCUCCCUCCAGCUCCAACCCUCCCACCUCCCCAACCAGCAAAACGUCCCGUCUCGCCAUCCCCUCCACCGGCAGCAAGGCGCGAGCCACCGAAACGGCCUCGAGAACCCUCCCCAGACCGCCGUGGGCCGAUCAAGAAAUCCAGACAGGCGUCGCCUCCCCCUCGCGACCGGAUUCCAGAUCGUGGCUGGCAAGAACGGGAUAAUAGGGGGUAUCAGAGUCCGCGGCCCCGCAGCCCCCCUUUGCCGUCAUACGAAGACCGCGUCCCUGCCGCACCAGCAGCGCCCAGUGGGGCCGUCCCCGCGCUCAUAGCGGCUCUGCUGGCCAAACUCCCGUCUGCGAACGUCUUCGACGGCCCUGUAUUCAGGACAGACGACCUCAUGCAGGUAUUCCGUAAUUCUGUCAUCCCUGGGGGACAGAUGCUUCCCGCUCCUUCUGGGCCGCCGCGCGCUCGCUCUCCACAGCCAGCACGAGGCGGCCGCCCACCGCCCGACUAUGGCCCUUAUCGAGGACCGAAUUCCGGUCCUGGAAGGAGGUACUAACCUCUCUGUGCUUGAAAACCUCUGGUGGACUCCGGAGAUCAAUGAGUCUUGCUUACCGUUCUGAUACAGUAGUAUACGAUACCCUCCUGUUCGAUAGUAUCAAUAUCAUACUUAUUGUUCGGGUUAC